AUAUUAUGGUAUUUCCAACGUGUAUUGAUGAAAUCCUGUUGAAAACUUGGGCUGUCAGAUUUAAGUUUCGUUCACAAUUACGCCAAUCAUCUGUGUUGGAUGUGAGUGAAGAACUCCAUCAUAUUCAAUCAUUGAUAGCCACCCUUGGGUUGAAGGAACAAUCAAGUAAGGGAAAAGGAAUAGCUGUUGAGCCAGAAAGUUCACCACCAAUUUUUGUUCCCACGUCUUCUGAUUACGAUCCUGGAAACUCUACCUGUUUAACUCCAACCAAAAGGAUUAGUUGUCAGCAAACCAGUUCUGAUUUCGAUUCUGAUGAGCAUGCACAGUAUCAGUUAUCAACUAACAAACAUAUCAAGGCUGAGUAAUUGGGACUUUCACAAUCCUGUGGCUUCAGCUUCUAU